UUUAUGUAUCCGGAUUGCUGUAGUCUAUUUUGAUCACAUUUUGGUACAUGCGCAAACAGCCGUAAACUUAGCUGCUCGUCCUUGUAAAAUAUAAGUAGGCUAUUGACUGGAGGUGGAUUACAUAACCCAUCACAAGUCAAUUUGUUGGAGUAAAGGAGAGUGUCUUACUCUGCUCAUAUGUAAUAAGAAUAAAAAUGGCAGUUUUCAGUUCGAUAAAAAAUAGAAAAUAGUGUCGCAUGUGUGAAGUACAUAAAUUCUAAACAUGGAUAAGGAACAACUAAAUACAUCCGGGCUGAGAGAAGAGCUGAACGAAAACAUGGCACAUACUGUACUUCCGGUUACUAUUUUCAUUGGGGUGGAACAAUUUUUCGGAUUCUUUGGAAACAUUUUAAUUCUGAUUGUGUACGCUAGACGGUAUAAGCGUACUAAUUUUCGUUACUUCGUGAUAGCAAUGGCUACAGUGGACUUCACAAGUUGCUGUACAGCACUUCCGGGAGAAAUAUUUUCACAGUUAAACUGGUAUGAUUAUAAAUACGAAUGGAUUUGUAAAGUUAAAUCUUACUUCAAUGUUUUCACUGCAUGGGGUUCAGCGUUCAUUCUGCUCAUAUUAGCAAUUGACAGAUACCGGAAAAUAUGCCGACCUCUCAAGUGGCAAAUUCAGCCUGCUCAUGCUCUGAAAUUAUGUUGUUGUGCAUUGAUUUUGUCCUUAAUUGUGUCUGUUCCUGUCCUUUUCCUUUGGGGCGAACAGGAAUACAUUUACGAAUACAAUGGAUGGAACAUUACCGUCUCUGUUUGCGAAAAGUCUGGUAAAUUCGCAGACACUAUAUAUCCUCUUGUUUACAUUGGAAGCGUCUAUUUUCUUCCGGUAGGUUCUAUGAUAUUUGUUGCCGGGACGUUAAACUUUUUGACAGCGCGGAAAUUAUUCGGUCAAAGGUUGAUAGAAGCACAAACGGUUAGGAAAUACUCAUUGUCUUCAACAGCAGUAACUUCGGUUGAUUCGACGGUGGAUACACACGAACAGACAGAACCCUGCGGUGCAACAGUACAAAUUAACAUAGACUCGUCUGAUGAUUCGAAUGCAAUACAUGACAAUUCAGACCAUUCCAAAGUAAUCCAUCAUGAAAACACCAGACUAAAGCAUGUAAAACAGCCAGGAUUGUACCGGAAGCGGAAAACAAUUAUAAUGUUGGUGCUGACGUCAGUGUUCGUUGUUACCAUGGCGGUUUAUGUAAUUCUCAUAAGUCUGGUGGCACAGCCUGGCGGUAUUCUAAAUGAAAUGUCAAAUUCAACAAAAGUGAUCUUUUUCUUUUUCUUACGUUUAUAUUUUAUCAACUGUGUUGUAAAUCCGAUCUUGUACGGAUUUAUGGACCCAAGAUUUCGUUCCGGACUGUUGUCGUACGUACAUAAAAAGCAUAAAGACAUGCGGGGCAAGCUGAACGUGUCCCAGAGUUCUCACUGAAACAUGUAACUUAUACCUGUUCCAGACGACGUGGAAAGUUUGAAAUCUCGUGCAUGUAUAUAAUAAUCCUGUAACAUUUAAUGACGUGCGUUAUUUUUUAGCUCACCUGUCACAAAGGGACAAGGUGAGCUUUUGAGAUCGCGCGGCGUCCGUCGUCCGUGCGUCCGUCCGUGCGUCCGUAAACUUUUGAUUGUGACCACUCUAGAGGUCACAUUUUUCAUGGGAUCUUUAUGAAAGUUGAUCAGAAUGUUUAUCUUGAUGAUAUCUAGGUCAAGUUCAAAACUGGAUCACGUGCGGUCCAAACUAGGUCAGUAGGUCUAAAAAUAGAGAAACCUUGUGACCUCUCUAGAGGCCAAAUUUUUCAAUGGAUCUUCGUGAAAAUUAGUCAGAAUGUUCACCUUAAUGAUAUCUAGGUCAAGUUUGAAACUGGGUCACGUGCGAUCAAAAACUAGGUCAGUAGGUCUAAAAAUAGAAAAACCUUGUGACCUAUCUAGAGGCCAUAUUUUUUAUGGGAUCUGUAUGAACUUUGGUUUGAAUGUUCACCUUUAUGAUAUCUAGGUCAGGUUCGAAAAUUGGUCAACAGAGGCCAUAUUUUUCAAUGGAUCUUCAUGAAAAGUAGUCACAAUAUUUACCUUGAUGAUAUCUAGGUCAAGUUUGAAACUGGAUUUACGUGCGGUCAAAAACUAGGUCAGUAGGUCUAAAAAUAGAAAAAAAUUGUGACCUCUCUAGAGGCCAUAUUUUUCAGGAGAUCUUCAUGAAAAUUAGUGAGAAUGUUUAACUUGAUGAUAUCUAGAACAAAUUCAAAACUGGGUCACGUGCCUUCAAAAACUAGGUCAUUAGGUCAAAUAAUAGAAAAACCUGUGACCUCUCUAGAGGCCAAAUUUUUCAAUGGAUCUUCAUGAAAAUUAGUCAGAAUGUUCACCUUGAUAAUGUCUAGUUCAAGUUCGAAACGUGGUCACGUGCCUUUAAAAACUAGGUCAAUAGGUCAAAUAAUAGAAAAACCUUGUGACCCCUCUAGAAGCGAUAUUUUUCAUGAGAUCUGUAUGAAAAAUGGUCUGAAUAUUUAUCUUGAUGAUACCUAGGUCAAGUUCGAAACUGGGUCAUGUGCAGUCCAAAACUAGGUAAGUAGGUCCAAAAAAUAGAAAAACCUUGUGACCUCCGUAGAGGCCAUAUUUUUCAAUGGAUCUUCAUGAAAAUUGGUCAGAAUUUUCACCUUGAUGAUAUCUAGGUCAAGUUUGAAACUGGGUUAACUGCGAUCCAAAACUAGGUCAGAAGGUCUAAAAAUAGAAAAACCUUGUGACCUCCCUAGAGGCCAUAUUUUCAAUGGAUCUUCAUGAAAAUUGGUCAGAAUGUUCACCUUUAUGAUAUCUAGGUCAGAUUCGAAACUGGGUCAGGUGCGGUCAAAACUAGGUCAGUAGGUCUAAAAAUGGUUAAACAUUGUGAUCUCUCUAGAGGCCAUACUUUUCAAUGGAUCUUUAUGAAAAUUGGUCAGAAUGUUGAACUUGAUGAUGUUUUUAUCUUUUCAGGAUUCUUUAAUUGGAGUGGAUCUUACCCGAUCUCUGUCCGAGGAAGAAAAAAAAAUUAGAAUUUCUGCAUUGAUGGCAGAAAAAUCAUGUUUGAAAUGCGCUAAAAUUCUGCAAAAACAGAAUUGUACCCAUUUCUCAAAUUAUUGACUUGCAAUUAUUAAUAAUACAAUGCUUUAUUAUUGGCUAUCGCAGGCUUCAGCCGUACCGGGUAAGUGCCAUGGUAAAAAAAAAGAUUUGCUAAAUUUUGUGGCUUGAAUAAUUUUGUUGCUAUCAGUAGUCGUCUUCUUUUAACAAUUUUCAAAUAAAAAGAAAAAAUUCGGAUCAUGAUCCUUACACAAUAAACACACAUUUCUGUUAAAAAUUACCAAUGCUGAAAAGGGCAUCUUCCAGGGAGAACACUUCCUUGUUGAACAUGGUUAUUACUUUAUGUUUUGCUUUAUUUCUUACAUAUCCGUAAAUUUCUUUGAAAGUAGUCUACUGAUAUACUUUAAGUGAGGCAUAUUAUAGAUUAAAAAAAUAUUUUCCUGUGAUUGUCAAAGUAAGUUCCAGUAUAAUCAUAGCUUGUAAAUGGACUUUGUGACCCCUCUAGAGGCCAUAUUCUUCAAUGAAUCUUCAUGGAAGUUGCUCAAAAUGUCUGUCUUGAUCUGUGAGCUUAGUUCAAAACUUGAUCAUGUGCGGACAGCUGAGCGAUUCAGGACCAUUAUGGUCUUUUUUUUAUCUAAAUGAAUACACCUUUGCAGCUUCUAACGAGAUUGGUUUGAAAUUAUUAUUUAUGUCUUCCAUGGUAAGAAAUAGUCAUAUUAGAUAACUCUUGAUUGAACAUUUAUCGAUAUGAAUACUUUACUAAUAUAUUGUUGUAUAGGCUUGUACUCUGUAUCUUCUACAUGCAUAUACCAAUGCAUGAUUACCUCCCCUGAUUUUAAUAAAAAUGGAUAUAUCUCGGUAAAUAUUUAUAGAACUCAUUUGAAAUUUCAUUAUUGUCUUUAGUUGGACUGAAGCAAUCAGGGUAGAUAGCUAUGGACUGAUUUUAUGUAAAAUUACAUCCCUUUGUUUCAAAUUAAAAUUGGUGUAUCUCAGUAACUAAUGAAGAUACUGAUUUGAAAUGUCAUUUGUGCCAUCAGAUGGACUCGGACAAUCAGGGUAUAUAACUUUUGACUGAAUUUAUGACAAAUUACCUCCCUUCAUUUGUUUUGUAAACGAAUAUAUAUCAAUAAUAUAUAAUGAGACUGGUUUUAAAUGCUAUUUAAGUCUUUCAGGGUAAGGAAUAGUCAUGUUAGUACAAAAAUGCAGCAUUUGAGCCUAGGACCCUCAAACCUGGUAUGGAAAUUGGCCCUGACUAGGUCAAAAGGGACUGUUACAAGAAAAUGUUUAUCCUGAGGAUAUUUAAUGUGUAUGCCUAUGUGCUCUAUGUCAAAACUUGAUCAUAUCAUUUUGAGCAAUGGUACUCAGGUGAGCGAUACAGGGCCAUCAUGGCCCUCUUGUUUGUUAAUGCAGUUAUGUAAACUUUCGGUUCAUAUAAGGAUUACAGGUUUUCUUGUAUUUGUAUGAAUACUAUUUUUGCAAAUUGUGUAUUUCACUACCAUUCAUUGAAAUCUCAUAAAUCAAAUAUUGAAAAAGUUCACAUUUUGUCCUGUCUAUGUAUUUCAGUUAUGUCAACUGUAAAAACUGUACUGGUUUCUCAGUAGUUUCCGGACCGAAAUCGCUAUUUUUUGCCUGUAACUUUCAAACAAAACAUAGCAGAAACAUAAAAUUUUCACAGAAAAAACCUAGGUUCUUCUUUAACACCAUGCAGAAUUCGUAUUACACUUGCGUUCAUAACACAAAUGUAGAUGAGGCCUCAAAAGGGGCAAUUAAUUCCAUUAAUAUCCCAGUUAGUCCGAGUAGUUUUCCGGACCUUUCAUCGCACAGUUGUAACCUUUCUCUAAAAGCAAACAUUUCCGAUUUCAUUACAUAUAUUCAAAAUUAAAACAUAAUUCUAAGGCGAGAUGAUGAUUAGAAAAGAAUAUUUCAAGAAUUUAACAAAUACUAGAUUUAUAAUACGCUCAUUACAGUUACGUCUAAUUACGUUUGAAUGACGUUUGCAACGUCACGCUAAAAAUGACGGGACGUAUUGAGCGAACUGGUAAUAUUACAAAAAAGAAAUUAAGAACUUUUAAUACAAUUAACAACUAUUUUCUAAAAAACAACAAGACCCGGUCUCAGCAUUGGUAGUCUAACGCCCUGACCACUCGGGCAUGGACGCUGAUGCUAAAAAUUUAAUUGAUAGGUAUCGUAGGUAAAUUCCUGUCUAUUUUGGUUCCUAUUUUUAAUCGAUGAUUGAAUGCCAUAGUUAAAUAAAAAAAAGGUCGAAUUUUUCUAACUUUCGUUGUUUUAUUUUAUUACUAUCAGUAUGUUUUUACUGUAUCGUCUGUAAAUGGGAGCAUCAAUUGACUGAUGUUUACCUUCAAGGGGCCUCAACCUCUGCGCAUGCGCACUGUAACUGGAAUUCCCCUGCGGUUGACAAUCACUUUUGUAAACAUUACAUCGAAGUAAGUUAAAACAACCGGGAUUUUCAAAUAAUAAAUAAGUUCGGUAAUGCUAAGUUUUCGCUGCUAGGUAAAGGCAACAAAUGUCUAGAUAAUAUGAUAUUGUUACCCAGAUGUUUUACUACGGCAUAAAGUCUAUACAGCACGAAAUGUGAAAGGUCCGGAAAACUACUUGGGUCCGGAAACUACUGGGAAACCAGUAAACAGGCAAAUCAACAACAAGUAAUUUUUAUCAUUUUAUGCUCCGUUGUAGAUCUAGUCAAUGAUACACUCAAGGAGAGUUGCCGAUUUUUAAAACCUGUUUAAAAAAAAUGUAAUUUGAAAUAAGCUGGAGAACUUCUGCCAUAACGUGGAUAUAUAAUAUCAGAUACCUUGAGAACUUCCUCAUAUCUUAGAGAACUAAUGAAAUAUAACCAUGAAUUCCGCCAUAACUUAGAGAACUAAUGUUACCUAUCCUUUAAAACUUCUUUCAUGUCUAUAUAAAAUAACACGGAGAACUUCUGUAAUUUAAGGUAUUGGACCUCUAAUAGUAAUGUUUAAAAAAUGGCAUUUGCUUGGUAUAUUCUUAAAGUUGACCGUGUUUCGUACUUUGCUGCAAUUUUUAAACAAUUUUUACCGUGCCGUUUUUUUUGUUAUUUUUUUAUAAAUUUCAUAAAAUUUAUGGUAUUUCCUCAAGCUAAAGUAGAGACAAAUUUCGAAGUGAUGGCCACUAUCCAAAACGUUUGCAGAGAAUUCAUUAUACGAUUAAAUUUGAUAAAAGAAACAUCAAACAAUUGGUAAACAAUUAUAAAACACAAAAUAAAACUGUCAAUUUCAGUUUUUCUAGGGUGCCUCAAGUAAACGGAUUUAAUGAGACUGAAUUCUAGCUCAACAUUGAAAAAUUAAGGUCGAAUCCUGCGGGUCUGUUUUGAAUUUUGCUCACUUCAUUUAAAAAUAACAAUGUGGCAGAAGUAAAACCUGCCUACAUUUUUUUCCACAAUAUGUAAUCUAAAGAGUGAAGGCAAAAUAGAGAACUUUUACCACAUGUAUCAUGGUAUUUUUAAAAGUUGAAUUCUUCAUGCGAGGAAACCCGGAAGGUCGGUGGCUCUAUCUAGGUGCCCGCGCGUGAUGA